GUAGCGAAAAACAAUACAAAUCUCAGAGAGGCAUCGGCGGCUGCUCGGGGUUGCAGGAGGAAUGGGUGGCUUAAUCUGUGCUGUUCUUCCACACUCUCCACCGGCGCUUCUAGUGUUACUGUUGUCCUGUGUGUUCGGGCUGUCACUCGGCACCGAGCUGAGCUUUGUGACGUGCGGAUCUGUCGUUAAACUGUUAAACAUAAAGCACAAUGUCAGACUACACUCGCACGACGUACGCUACGGUUCUGGUAGCGGGCAGCAGUCUGUAACAGGAGUGACUGCAGUGGAAGACAGUAACAGCUACUGGAGCGUUCGAGGGACGAGUGACACACGGUGUCAUCGAGGUACCCCGGUCAAGUGCGGGCAGACGAUCCGCCUGACCCAUGUCAACACAGGCCGUAACCUGCACAGCCACUACUUCGCCUCCCCGCUGUCCUCUAACCAGGAGGUGAGCGCAUUUGGUGAUGAAGGAGAAGGCGACCACCUGGACGAGUGGACGGUUCAGUGCGGGGGAUCCGUAUGGAAGCGCGAGGAGGCCGUCCGCUUCCGCCACAAGGCCACUGAUGCGCUGCUGUCAGUGACGGGGGAGCAGUAUGGACGGCCGAUCCACGGUCAGAGGGAAGUUCACGCCAUGUCGGGCCCCAGCCAGCACAGCCUCUGGAAGACCAUGGAGGGCAUCUUUAUGAAGCCCAGUGAGAUUCCACUGGGCAGCCGAGACUACAGUCACCCACACACAGAGUUCUGACCUUGACUUCUCUUCUCUGCUUCAGUCACCUCCCAUUGUUCUGUCUGUCUACCGCUGUAUUCCUACCUCUGUACCCGCAGUUUCCCCUUUUCUUGUCUCGUCUUUCUCAUUCAGUAACUUUUACACCAUCUUUUCACGAGACUGUGCCAAAGUCUGUCAUGAAUCAGGGUACAACGACUUCAUCUUUUCAAUCCUCAGCAACCUCUCUCACAUUCAUUGUGUUGUAGGAAACACUACUUGAAUCCUCACCGAUCCAGCAGCUACUCCCAGACGGCUAACAGCAUCUGAAUAGCCUUAACAUGUAUUGAAAUGCAUCUUUUGAAAUACAGUUUGUGACACUUUACAUCCAAGAAGACGCGUUCUUCUCAGCUGUUAUUUAUUGUGCUAUCAGCAGUCACACUACAUUGCAGAAGGCAGCGCAGGUUUUGUGAAUUGGUACACUCAAGUCAUCUUGUGAGUCUUGUGUUUUGCUGGACUAAAAAAAAAAAAAAAACAUUGUUACACUUGUGCCUUUAUUCUUUUUUAAGAAGUCAUAGGUGUUUACAUUGUGGAGCCUUUUAAACUUUUGGAAACAUGAGAGUUUGAAUGUGUUUUUAUGGUAUUUGUAAGCCAUAUUCUACCCAACAUGCAGUGUUACUAUGUCAAAUUACCUUUUUUCUCCUUUCUUUAAGUCCGAUUCAGUAUUGCAUAUAAAGUCUCCCACUCUAACUGACAUGAGAAAAUAACCAGUUUGAGGUGUUGUUUUAAUGCACAUUGUUGAACUGGAUGCUGUUUAUUGUUGUUGUUUGAUCUGUUUCUAGGUUCUGGGAGAAAUUGCAGUGUUAUAAAACUCAUGCUGUCUGUGCAUGUACAUGUGUUAGAUCAACUCUUAGGUCCAGAGGUUCAUGUGAGCUACAAACAUCCAAUGAAUACCUCAUAUUAAAGUGUUUUUUUAUGCAUACCAGUAA